AUGAAUGUCCAGCGUGCUUGGGCCCAUGUUCCUCUUUCCGCCCAAAUGGCUCUCUUGUGGGAGCGUAUCACAUUGUCAAAGCUUACGACCUUCUAUUUUGUCUUCUCCGUCCUUCAUUUCGCCGUCCAACUCGGCCUCCAGAUUGAAGCAUUCGCCAUCAACGCUCAGGCGGCGUCGUUCUUACGUACCCUUGUCAGCCAGGGAAACGCGACACAGCACGGGUUCACGGUAUGGGACGGUGCUCUGCACAUGUGUGCGACCGCACCUGCAUCUCUGAGUGCGGAUUCGUGCGAGAUUCUCUGGCAACCGAGUUCGAUGACUGGAAACAGCAGCGUCGAUCUCAGCAGUGCGAACGUGACAUCGGCCGUCUCUGGCACAAUCGCCUCGACUGCGUCCUCCGCCUCAACCUCUUCAGCUGCGUCAUCGAGCCUGCAGGUAUCGUCCACUGCGUCAUCGAGCAGCAGCGUCGCGCCCUCGGGUUCCUCUACGAUCGCUGCUACCACUUCCACACCCCGUCAGAAUACCUCGUCUACAGGAGUCAGGGCUAGUACUUCUCUCUCCCGGGCCUCAACAGAAGCAGCAGCAGUGCUAUACUCCACAUCCUCUGCUACGCGGACUGCUACGGUGACGCAUGCAGCGACACCUUCCUCGACAUCUAAAGUACCCUCUGCUGCUGACGAUAUUGAGGAGAACGACGCCGACGACGACAUCGAAGAUGAGGAAGAUGAGGAUGAUGAAGAAGAUGAAGAGCAUCAUCAUCAUCGUCGGUCAAUAUCCGCGCAAGUGAUAACCGUCAAUGGGAAAAGUGAACUGAAGUUCAGCGGCGACGGAUUCAAUGACGUGACAUUGAGCUACACUUGCUUGACGGUGUUGAACUGGCCUGUCUCGCAGUUGGACAACACCAAGCGGGAGGAUAUCACUUUCAUCAUGUUCCAAUCUUGGCUGCUGGCCAUGUCUCUGGUUGCCCUCCUCAAUGAGUCAAUCCCGCACAUCAUUGCGACUUUGCUCAUGCAUAUCGCCGCUACAGCUUGGGGAGGCUUCCAGAUCUUCGACACAGCGCAAUUUCACAGUGAGUUCUCGCAGCUGACCACGAACGGAGCCUGUCAGGCAAAUCUGCUGCCGACGUACUGGAUUGAGCGGGGCGACGUCGAGAUACCCAGUCUUGCCCUCAAUGGGGUGGCCUUGAUUGUAUCUGGUGUGCUCUCGUGGAGGUUGAUCAAGUCAUUCGGAUGGCAAACAUUCAAACGUGUCGGAGCGUCGCGCACCAUCAACCGGAUUUACAAUGUUGUCCUGCUACUCUCCAUCUCCAUUCAGGUCGCUCUGUUCUUCAUCGCUGUCACCGCGGGUCUGUGGAUCGAUCAGCUCAUCAAUGGCUACAUCGGCUGCCUUACGGACCACGCUCUUGCGUUCAAAGUGAUCGAUAUUGUAGUACUCGCGUUCUUGGUGCCGUGGUUGAGCUUGGGUUGGAUAUCUGUGCGACGGGAGAAGAGAUUUCUCAUGUUGGUUUUCCUUCUAUCGGCCGUUGUCUACCUCGCUGGAUGGGGUUCUAUGUUUGCGGCCGCCACGUUCCGCUGGACCUUCGUUCAGUGGCGAUUCUUCAGCAUCAUGGCCUCGGCAUCCGUUCUCUUGGCUGUGGUGACACUUGCGUUGGGGAUCGUUUGCCGCAUCAAUUUUGGCAAGGGUCUUCCGCGAUACUUGAACGCUGAGGAACCGUUGUCCGACGGCGAUGACUUCCUCCCUAGUGCUGUGGAGAGCAAGGGCGGGAAGGACGUCGAGAAGGUCGAGUUUCCUUCGACCGACAUCCUUGUCCCAACAUACAUUGACCCGCGUCUGGAUCGAGAGCCUACCACAAGAGCCAUGGGCCCGCGCUUCUUUAAUUCUUCGACGCAACCUUUCGAGCCGCAGCCGGACGCUCCGCCCAUGUACAGCGCUUCACCCAUGUCCUCCAGAACAGCCGUGGCCGAGAUCAACAGCCUCAAGCGCACCUCGACCAACAGCAGCAAUGCGUCGAGUGGGAGCGACCAUAGCACACGGUCAAAACGUUGGGUCAUCGAGUGA